AUGGAGCUGAGCGGCGGAGACAGCGAGGGCGCCCCCAAGCGUGCGAAGCUCUCCUCCGGCGAUGCCGGCGGCGGCGAGGACUGCCUCAGCGCGCUCCCCGACGACGUCCUCGUCCUCAUCCUCCUCCGCCUCGACACCACCGUCGCCGCCCGAACCAGCGUCCUCUCCCGCCGCUGGCGCCGCGUCUGGGCUCUCCUCCCGAAGCUCUGCUUCCCCGUCGCCCCCGAGCCCCACCGCUUCCGCGACACCCUCGACACCCACGAGGAGCCCCUCCGCGACCUCCUCGUCGGGGCCGGGGGCGCCACCCCCGAAUCCCUGGCGAUCUGGCUACCCGCCGCCGCGCGCCGCGUCUCCGGCGACCUAACCCUUCUCACAUUUGAUCCGGGGAAAGACGCCGGGGAGGAGGAGGGGGAGGCCGCGCAAAGAGGCGCCUUUGAGCUCCCCUGCUUCGAGAAGGCCACCUCGAUCUCCCUCAUCCUGGGGUUCCACGGCCUCGCCAUCGCCAUGCCACCCACCGGCGUCUUCGCCCGGCUCACAGGGAUCUACCUGAGCUGCGUCCGGUUCCACGGCCCGUGCACGCUCGGCGACGCCAUGUCCUCGCCACGGUGCCCGUGCCUGCAGAGGCUCACCGUCGACGACUCCCGUGGACUGGGCGAUCUCACCAUCAACUCGGUGUCGCUGCUGCAAAUGGAGCUCAGGAACCUGCGCGGGUUGUGGCAGGUCACUGUUGUGGCGCCGGCGCUCACGGAGCUAACUGUGAUAUACUGCUUUCGCAACGAUGACACUCAACCGGUUGCAAACAUCUCAGCCCCUCAGCUGGUGAGCCUCGAGUGGAAAGAUGCGUAUGAUCCAAGCUCCGUCCAUCUUGGCAAGAUGGCACAUCUCCGAUGGCUGGGCACAUUUUAUCUUGUAUAUGGACAAGAUCGCCUUAGUCACAACCACUCUUGUUCAACGCUCUUGCAGCGCUUUGAGGCCAUUGAAACCCUUUUUCUCACACUGGCAUAUAUGCGGCUGGGUACAGCUGUUUGA